CUGCUGUUGUCUUGGGUGAGUUAUGGCACGUUACACUCUCCUCUGCACCUGAGCUGAACCACUGGGAACCUCUUUUAUGCUGUUGGCUUCUGCUGGGAUUUACAGUCUCCUCCAGCCACAAAUUUGCCAGACCUGGAAGCACACAAAAAUGGUUCCUCGUGCAAAGAUGUCAAAGUCAUUGCCAUUUGUCUUGCUCUUCCUAUUUCCGAUGCUGCUGUCAGGAGCUUGGUUUCCCAAAAGUUUACCCUGUGAUGUUAAAGCUUCUGAAGGUACUGUGACCGUGGACUGCACCAAUCGCCGCCUCAUUGAAAUACCUAGAGGGAUCCCAGCAAAUGCUACCAACCUUACCCUGAGCAUUAACCACAUCCCCUAUAUCUAUCCAACAUCCUUUGCUCAUCUUGACAACCUCAUGGAGAUUGACUUCAGGUGCAACUGUGUGCCUGUCAAAAUGGGACCCAAAGAUAACGUGUGUACCACAACACCAAAGAUUGAGCGUGGCAGUUUUACUGCCCUGACAAGACUGAAGUCCUUGUAUCUGGAUGCCAACCAGCUGUUGGAAAUACCCCGGGGUCUUCCCAUUAAUUUAAGUCUGCUGAGCCUGGAAGCGAACAGCAUCUUUUCUAUCCAAAGAGCUAACUUGUCCGAGCUAGGAAACAUAGAAGUGUUGUAUCUGGGACAGAACUGUUACUACCGUAAUCCAUGCAACGUUUCAUUUGAAAUUGAAGAAACGGCCUUUCUGGAGCUGCAGAAAUUAACAAUACUUUCCUUGAAGUCCAACAACUUGACUCAUAUUCCAGCCCAUUUGCCAUCGACUUUAAAGGAACUGUAUAUUUACAAUAACAUGAUUCAAGUGAUUCAAGAACAGGAUUUAAGUGCCCUGCACAACCUAGAAAUUCUUGAUCUAAGCGGCAAUUGCCCACGUUGCUAUAAUGCCCCAUAUCCUUGUCUACCCUGCCCCAGGAGCACAAUUGAGAUUCAUCCAGAGGCUUUUUAUUCCUUGAAAAGUUUAAGAAUUUUGAGACUCCACAGCAACUCUCUUCAGAGCGUACCCAGCAGCUGGUUUCAAAACAUGAAGAAUCUCAAAGAGCUUGACCUCUCCCAAAAUUUCCUCCUAAGGGAGAUAGGAGAUGCUCAGUUUUUGCGGUAUAUCCCUAGCCUUGUUGAGCUUGAUCUGUCCUUUAAUUUUGAACUGAAGAUGUAUUCUCCAUUCUUGAAUCUGUCUAAGACAUUUUCCUCCCUCUCUAACCUGGAAACCCUCAGGCUCAGGGGUUAUGUCUUUAAUGAACUGAAAAAAAGUAAUCUAGCUCCAUUGCUCGGUCUCAGAAAUCUAACUGUGGUGGAUCUUGGGACUAACUUCAUUAAAAUAGCUGACUUGAAAGUGUUCAAGGAGUUCCCUGCUCUUAAACUCAUAGACCUCUCAGUGAAUAAAAUUUCUCCUUCUUCAGAGGAAAGCAAUUCUUAUGGAUUUUGCUCUAAUCCUCGGAUUUCAGUAGAGCAAUACAAUAGGCAAGUAUUACAAGAAAUGCAUUAUUUCAGGUAUGACGUAUAUGGGCGAAGUUGCAGGUCCAAAGACAAAGAGGCUGCUUCCUACCAAUCUUCAGUUAAGGAAGAGUGCCUGAGGUACGGAGAAACUCUGGAUUUGAGCAGAAACAAUAUCUUUUUCAUUAACCCCUCAGACUUCCAGGGACUUGGUUCCCUCAGAUGCCUCAACUUGUCAGGUAAUGCAAUAAGUCAAACCUUAAACGGAAGUGAAUUCUCUUCCUUGUCUGGAUUGAAAUAUCUGGAUUUUUCCGACAACAGGAUUGACUUGCUCUACUCAACUGCUUUCAAAGAGCUACAACUUCUAGAAGUUCUAGACCUGAGCAACAACAAAUAUUAUUUCUUGGCAGAAGGUGUUAGUCACACGCUGAGUUUUAUGAAAAACUUGGCCCACCUGAAGAAGCUGAUGAUGAAUGAGAAUGAGAUUUCUACCUCUAUUAACACAGGAAUGGAAAGUCAAUCUCUUCAAAUUUUAGAAUUCAGAGGAAAUCGCUUGGAUGUUUUAUGGAUGGAUGGCAAUGCUAAAUACUUGUCAUUCUUCAAGAAUCUGACCAGCCUGGAACAACUGGAUAUUUCCUUCAACUCACUCAGUUUUUUACCUGCGGAUGUUUUUCAAGGUAUGCCUCCAGGCCUCAAGACCCUCAACUUAACCAAUAAUCAGAUGAAGAGUUUCAACUGGGGAAAACUGCAGUAUCUGAAGAAACUCGUAACUCUGGACCUCAGCAAUAACCUUCUCUCUACUGUUCCCCGAGAACUGUCCAAUUGCUCUUCAACACUCCAAGAACUGAUGCUCCGAAACAAUCGCAUUCAGCGACUAACCAAACACUUUCUCAGAGGUGCUUUUAAAUUGAAAUACUUGGACCUCAGUGCAAACAAGAUCGAGAUAAUUAAGAAAUCUAGCUUCCCUGAAAACGUCAUUAACAACCUGAGGAUGCUGCUCUUGCAUGGCAAUCCUUUCAAGUGCAAUUGUGAUGCCGUGUGGUUUGUUUCCUGGAUCAAUCAAACUCAAGUGACUAUUCCUCUUCUGGCAACAGAUGUGACCUGUGCAGGCCCAGGGGCACAUAAAGGAAAGAGUGUGGUUUUCUUGAAUUUGUAUACGUGUGAGCUGGACACCUCGUAUUUGAUCCUGUACGCUCUGUCAGCCUCAACUGUCCUAGCCUUAAUGGCGUUCACAGUGAUGAACCAUCUCUACUUCUGGGAUGUGUGGUAUAGUUACCAUUACUGCACUGCCAAGCUGAAGGGCUAUCGGCGCCUCCCUUUACCAGAUGCUUGCUACGAUGCUUUUAUUGCCUAUGACAACAAAGAUCCGGCUGUGAAUGAGUGGGUGCUGACAGAACUGGUUGAAAGGCUGGAGGAUCAGAAACCCAGGCAGUUCAAUCUAUGCCUGGAAGAAAGGGACUGGCUGCCAGGACAGCCCGUCUUUGACAACCUUUCCCAGAGCAUUCGGCUGAGCAAGAAGACCGUCUUUGUGCUGACCAACAAGUAUAUUAAAAGCGGUCGCUUCAAGACAACAUUUUACAUGGCCCACCAGCGCCUUCUAGAUGAAAAAAUAGAUGUCAUUAUCUUGAUAUUUCUUGAGAAGGUCUUGCAGAAGUCUCGGUAUGUCCGGCUGAGGAAGAGGCUGUGCAGAAGUUCUGUCCUGGAAUGGCCCACUAACCCCCGAUCUCAGCCCUACUUCUGGCAGUGCCUGAAAAAUGCCAUAGCUACCAGUAAUACCCUGGCCUACAACAAGCUACUCCAAGAAACUGUUUAGCUCUACUGUAAACACUGCUCGGAUGCCUGGUGAGCAAAAGGUCCUAAACGUAACUUGGAGAAACUGUUGAGGUGUGGAGGAUAAGAGGAAUUGUGCCAUUGUUCCCAAAAUGAAACGUGCAAUUGGUCCUCAAGCUGAUAGUACACUUGUUUUGCUAGGACAAGAUUGAACACAAACUGUUGCUGGCACAGAUGUUUAUCUGACACUUGCUUGGCAUGGAUUGCUGCCCAGCAGGAGAAGAUGCACUACCCACUGGAAGCCCUUGCUUUAGAAGAGAAUCACCACGUCCAGCUUUCAGUUUGCUGGGGGCCUCCAGCAUCUUUUGUGGUUGGGUCAAGCAUGGGUGAGACACUUGCCCGGCUUACUCCAGUACCCAGACUGCCGGGAGGAGUCUGGCCGUGCCUUAAAUUGCUGCUGUUCA